AUGUGGGUGCUAUAUUCAACAACAGCUUCGCUGGUGUUUGCUAUAUCCAUAUUAGCGUACACGGCCAUAGUUAUCCUAGUAUAUUUAAUAUUAAAAGCAUGUAAUGUAAGCACAAUUUUAUAUUUAAAAAAAUAUUUUCAAAAUUUUGUUUAAAAACUUAAUAAAUCAUUUAAAUAAUAUCUUUAAAAAAUCGUGUAAUAACAAAAUAUUAAAUUAAAAUAUCCCAAUUUCAGCCUGAUAUGUUUGCAAACACCUCAGACAACGAAAUAGAAGGCUUACAAUAUGGAGAACCAAGCUUUGCUAAUUGUUCCUUCUUAUAUAAAUGUUUUCCAUGUAGCACUUGCUCGUUUAGAAGUUGCUGGAGGAACGUAUUACCAACCAAAGUACGUUCAAUUGCAUUUACUUUUAUAAAUUUAAAACAUGUUUGUUUCAAUUUAUAACCAAAAAAACUUCAAAGUCAUUAUUACCUAAAAUUUCAGUCAUUUUCUCUACGUCAACUAGCCAACUGUGAAUGUAUACGACCAACAAUACAUGGCAACUCUCCUUAUCGAGUAGACUUAAUAUGUUGUAAGGUAUAA